UUUCUAACCUGCCAGAGCAGUCUCCCAUCCCAAGGUCUGACUGAACUGGAAGGAGACCUAGGAUUCACACCGGUCAUCAUUUCCCAGAUGCACAGAAUGGAAAGCACACUGAAGGCAUGCCUUCUUCACAUCCUUGAGGACCUUUUAGAAGAGGAGUUGGUUAAAUUCAAAUUUCAACUCACAAACAUAACUCUAGCUGAGGGUUACAACCAUAUACCUCGGGGCACUAUCCAGCAAACAAUCCCAGUGAGACUUGCUGAACUACUGAUCCAGUAUUAUGGGGAAGAAUACUCCAAGACUGUGACUCAGGAGGUCCUGAAAGCCAUAAACCAGGGCAACCUAGCAGAGUCGCUCUGCCAGGCAACGGAAAAAUGUGGAUCUUCCACAGAAAAAGUUGCAAAAAAGACAAAUAAGAGGAAGCAGGAGGAUAAAGCAGGACUGAAUGAAGAUAAAUGGCAGCUAACGAUGUCAAAGGUUGGUAAUUUGUCCUGGGGAAGAGAUUUUUGCCCUGAAAUUGAGUGGAGUGUCUGGACCAAAGGCUGCUCAGAAUCUCAGAGGUUUGCUGGUUUCCAGAUCCUACAGCAUGGCAUGGUUGUUCCGUGUCAGCACCAAAUGUCUCCAAGGUGUUUUGCAGAAAAGAAAGAUCCCGGAGAAAUCUGGCUGUGA